UUCACUGAUACGGAAGCAUAAACAGCCAUGUCUUUCAAAAAAUAUACUUUAAAUUUAGCCAGAUAAUCCUUACACGACGCAUGUUUGUAAUUGAACAGUAUAUACGAGUAUUUAAGUCAUUUAAAAAAUAUAUAUCGUAUUUUUAUCCAAUGAAAACUUUAUGAAAAGUGGAACUAACUAGCGCGCUAACAAGCUAGCUACUUUUCCGUGUUGUCUAGGAAACGAGUAAACUGUCGUAAACACGAGGACCUUGACAAACGAGCCAACUAUUUCAACUUUUGAAACGUUCGUCCUGGCGAGAAUGCUGUUGUCUGGCAGAAAUAAAGACGUCCAGUCUUUGGACAACUAUUCUGAUGGUGAAGAUAAUAAUACAGCAACCGCAAGAAGAAACGCGUUUCGAGAAGUAAACCCAGCUUCAGAGGAAAGCGGCGCGAACCGAAGGGCGACGCCUGGGCGGCAACACGCACGGCCGCGGUACUCGAGAGAAAGACACCUGUGGUCCGCUCGCAUAUUUUCUAUUCUGUGCAGCGUAGUCAUCGUCUCGUUUUUCGCCGUGCUUAUCUCCUUCUUGUAUAUUAUUUUAAAAGAUUUAAAAACAGAGAGGAUUACCACUGAAGAUGGAUCUGAAGUCAGACUUCUGGGGUUUUGGAGUAUUUUGGUCCUGUCCUCUGUGGCCGGAGUUUUGUGUUGCAGUUUCUCCUGGACUCUAACCUACUUUGACUCAUUUGAGCCAGGGAUGUUUCCCCCAACCCCUCUUUCUCCAGCCAGACUCAAGCAAAUGACCGGACACUCUUUCCAUAUGGGCUACAGCAUGGCUAUACUCAACGGCAUAGUGGCUGCACUUACUCUUAUAUGGUACCUCACCUGAUGUCAUACAUUGACAAACCUCAACUCCAAGCCUUCUGUGGAGACCUUAUAUGUCAUUAUUAUCAAACUUGAACUUGAAUCAGUCAAGAGAAAAUAAUGUUAUUGAUAUAACUAGACCUUAUUUCAGGCAUAAAUAAAUUUUAACAAUGUGUAGUUACUGCUUUUUCUUGUACAGGCCAGUACAGAUAAAACUGUUUUUAAAAAUGAGAAAAACAAAUACAAAACAAGAAAUAAUAUAUUACUAACUAACUCAUUUUUGUGUGUUUUAAAAUUUGACUUUAAUUCAGUUCAAAUGCACAAUGACCUUUUCUUAAUGGACUACAUUUUGAUGUAAUAGCAUUAACAGAGUCAGCUUCUCUUUGUUACCCUGUUUUUGUUUUUAAAAGGCUUUUAUUACAGAAUCCUAUUGCAGUAGUGUUUUACCUUUACAAUAGCAGUGCAGUACUAGUCUGCUUUCAUCCUUUUGAUGUAAUUAAUUAGCAGUGCGACACAAAACAUAGAUGCUUUUUAACUUGUUUCAAAAUAAAUAAAUGUGCUUUUUAGAACCUCCACUUAGCAAAGACAGGAGUCCCUUUCCAAUUGUGCUUUAUUAAAGCUGGAAGUUGCUGCUCUAUUUGAGCAUUUUAAUGGGGGAAAUCAUUAGUACAAUAGCUGUUUUGGGGUUGAUGGAGAGUGACCGUGUUAAAGCUCUGUGGAGAGCCUAGGAGAAGGUCACGAAGUGUAGAAGUGUGGAUUUAAUUUAUGACUUUAAUUAUUUGAUGCAGACUCUGCUAGGCCAUGAUUACUUUUUUCUACUUGAUUAGAUUAGCAGGCCCUGUAGCGGCUCAUUUCUGCUAGCGCUAAUGCACUGGUCUGUCUCGUAUAUGGAGUAUUAAUGUACUGCUGCCGGUUUGUCAUUUUGGAUGUGUGGCAAAAGGCUUCUAUAAUUUGUUUUCAUUUACAGGACUUUUCCAUCUCAUUUUGUGUUACCUUCAAAUAAACAUUAAUCCUUGUUUGUUGACCAGAAAUAGUUAUGCAUCUUAAAACUUGUUGCUAUUAGUAUUUUUUUAUUUUAUUGCAUUAUUAUUUUUUGCUGUAAAAGGGACGUGUGUAUUAUGAGCUGUUUUGCUGCAUUAUUUAUCUUAAACUAUAUCCCAAACAUUUCCUUAUAGCCUGCAUGACUUGGUGAUCAAUUAUUUUUGCUGCUAUAUCUGUUGAGAUGAAGGUCUGUCUGAGGUAAACUCUCUCAAUCGUCUUCAGAAACAUGCAGUGAAGCGGUCAGACAAUAUCCCAUUCUGAACCCACCUGAUUUGUAGGUUGUGGUUUGCUUUCUUGUUUUCAGCUUUUUAAAUAUUCAGAGAUGAAAAUGAAACACUGGAUUAUUCAUGGAUUACCCACGAGAUGUAACAUUAUGUCAAAUAAUGCUAGCAGAGUGAAUAUGGUGAGAAUGUAUUGAUGCAAAAAAACAAUAAAUUUACAAUACA